CUCGCUUCUCCUCUGGCUCCUCCGGGCCGGUUCGUAGCCGGAUUUCCUCCAACUGGGCUGCAUAGGCCCAUCAGGCCCACAUGACGGCCUCAACUACACGAUCCAAGAGGCUUAAACCCUAGCUCACCGUCGUGCUCGUCUCCCCUCACGCAAAGCGCCGCCGCCUCCGCACCGUCGAGCCCGCGCAGAACACGCCCAUGGCGAAGAAGCGGAAGCGCACCGACGCCCCCGCAGAGGCGGCCGGCGCCGAGAAGCCUGACGACUCCGCGCCGGCGCGCCCGGAGCGCACGCUCUUCGGCUUCAAGGACCCGUCCGCCCCGGCCCCCGACGCCGAGCCCGCCUCCGCGGUCGGCAGGGCUGCGGCACCGCCGGCUGCGGCGCAGUUCCGUAACAAGGAGAAGGUGCUCGUGACCUGCUCCCGCCGCAUCACAUACAGGUAUCGGCAUCUGAUGCAGGACGUGGUGUCGCUUCUCCCGCACGCGAAGAAGGACAGCAAGGUCGAGUCGAAGCAGAGCAAGGGCAACGCGCUGAACGAGCUGCUCGAGCUCAGGAGCUGCUCAAGUUGCCUCUUCUUCGAGUGCAGAAAACAGAAAGAUCUUUACCUUUGGAUGGUCAAGUCCCCUGGAGGUCCAUCCAUAAAAUUUCUAGUUAACGCUGUUCACACUAUGGAGGAGUUGAAGCUUACUGGCAACCAUUUGAAAGGGUCACGCCCGCUUCUAACAUUUUCUACAAAUUUUGACGAGCAACCUCACUGGAAGCUUGUGAAGGAAAUGCUAACUCAGUUUUUUGCUACUCCAAAAGAUCAUCGGAAAGCAAAACCUUUCCAUGACCAUGUGUUUGUCUUCUCCAUCGUGGAUGGCCAUGUUUGGUUUCGCAAUUACCAGAUUUCUGUUCCCCACAAUGAGAUUGACAAAGUUGAUAAAGGAGGUCUGGAUAAAAUGACACUUAUUGAGGUUGGCCCCAGGUUCUGUUUGAAUCCAAUCAAAAUAUUUGGUGGUAGUUUUGGUGGCCCUACAUUGUAUGAGAACCCAUACUAUAUUUCUCCCAAUCAGAUCCGUGCCCUAGAAAAGCGGAAGAAGGCAGGCAAGUACGCCAAGAAGGUGAAGGCCAAGGUGAGGAGGAAGAUGCACGAGAUGGAGAACGCCCUGGAGCCAGAUGAAUUUGCUGAUAUGUGGAAAGGGGAGGAUUAGUGCGGCUGAAGCGAUCGAAUCAUUGAACUUCCUGUACCUACUACAUUCAGCUCGCACGUAUUUUGUUUAGCUAUCACCGUGUUGUCAAAGUUUUUGUAUGACGAAGUAUAAUUAUUUACGUCAACCGGAUCUUUUCAGUGAUAAAUCCUGCCCAUCUCUCCUCUUGUUUA